AUGGGCAAUGAAGAAAUUUUAAAAGUCAGCGUAAGAGUCCCGCCCUUCUGGCCUGAGGAGCCUGCGUUGUGGUUUGCCCAGGUUGAAUCACAGUUUGUCCUAUCGGGUAUAACUAAGGACGAGACUAAGUUCUACUACUUGGUUGCGCAGUUAGACCACCAAUAUGCCAUCGAGGUGAAGGACAUCAUCACCAGCCCACCUCCAGCGGACAAGUACGAAAAGCUGAAAUCCGAACUAAUUAAACGACUGUCAGCUUCUCAGGAGAAGAGGAUUAAGCAGCUUCUGAUUCACGAAGAGCUGGGCGAUCGGAAGCCGUCUCAGUUCCUGCGUCACCUGUCGGGUUUGGCUGGUCCCUCGGUGUCUUCUGACUUCCUGCUCACUCUGUGGUCCAGCAGGCUGCCGCAGAACAUCCAGACGGUCAUCGCCUCUCAAAUGGACCUCGAUAAGGACAAACUCGGCGAGUUGGCUGAUAAGGUUUAUGAGAUCGCACCAUCAACUCCGCAAGUCGCCAGCACUUCCUCUGCUGCAGUUCCCUACAGCGACAUGGAACACCAGAUCGCAGAGUUGACCAAGCAAGUGGCUAUGGCGGAUGGCCGCCACAGGUCCCUUUUCAGUACUAUCUCUAAGUGA